GUGCUUCCUCGAACUAUUUGCAAUCCAUUUCUUCGGAUUACUCUCCUUCUUCUCUCACGUCUCUCUCUCUCUSUGUUGCUCGCACAUUUCAUGGCGUUUUCUUCUUCUUCUUCUUCUUCUCAAUCUUCUCGUUCUAUGAUCCCCACAACUUUUCUUCUACUUUCAAUCGUGGGUUUUCUCCUUCCAUCGCAAACGCUGGCCCUGAAAUCGCUGUUUCACCCCCGGGAUGUGCUUCCCCUGUUACCCAAACAGGUCUCGUGGCCGAUUCUCAACUCCCUCAACAGCGCCGUCGAUCUUCUUCCCACUUUCGUCGGCGCUGCGUCCUCUCCCGACAAUUCCAUUCAGUGGAAAGGCGCCUGUUUCUAUCAGAACACGGCUUGGAUGGAGUUUCAUAAUAAGUCUGGCUCCGAAUUUGGCGGUGGCACGCUUCAUCUAAAGGUUAGCAAAGCACAUAGUUGGACGUGUAUGGAUCUUUAUAUCUUUGCAACUCCAUACCGCGUGACGUGGGAUUACUAUUUCCUGUCCAGAGAACAUACUCUGGAGUUUCCARAAUGGGAAGGGAAAGAAGAAUUCGAAUAUGUUAAAAAUACAGGGGUUUCAAUUUUCCUCAUGCAAGCUGGAGUGUUGAAAACCCUCCAAGCACUCUUUGAUGUCCUCCCUUUGUUUUCAAAUUCUGUACGGGGUGAGAAUUCUAAUGUUAAAUUUCUUGAGAACCACAUGGGUGCUACCUUUGAGCAACGCCCUCAGCCAUGGAUUACAAAUGUUAGCAUCGAUGAUAUUCACUCUGGAGAUUUUCUUGCACUGUCCAAAAUUCGUGGAGCAUGGGGUGGUUUUGAAACUCUACAGAAGUGGGUUACUGGAUCAUAUGCUGGUCAUUCUGCUGUUUGCUUAAGGGACUCUGAAGGAAAGUUGUGGGUUGCUGAAUCUGGGCGUGGAGAUGGAGUGGAUGAUGACAUUAUCGAUGUUUUACCAUGGGAUGAGUGGUGGGACUAUGAACUCAACAGYGAUCAAUCCAAUCCCCACAUUGCAUUUCUUCCUUUGCAUCCCGAUUUGCGGGCAAAGUUUAAUGAUACUGCGGCAUGGGAGUACGUAUGGAGCAUGGUUGGGAAACCGUAUGGUUAUCAUAACUUGAUCUUUAGCUGGAUCGACACCAAGCGUGGAAACUAUCCGCCUCCCUUGGAUGCGCAUCUGGUUGCUUCUUUCAUGACAAUAUGGAAUCAAGUGAAGCCAACACUUGCGGCAAAUUUGUGGRAUGAAGCUUUGAACAUACGACUUGGAACUCAGGGCCUCGAACUUGCUGAAAUUUUAGUUGAAGUUGAAAAGCGAGGAUCAACUUUUGGUGAUCUACUGGCUAUUCCUGAACGGGAUGACUGGGUCUAUGCUGACGGUCAAUCAGCAUCUUGUGUUGCUUUUAUCCUUCAAAUGUACAAGGCGGCCGGGCUUUUUGGUCCACUUGCUAGCUCAAUUGAAGUCACUGARUUCACAAUAAAAGAUGCAUACACUCUCAACUUUUAUGAAAACAAUUCAAGCCGCCUUCCAAAGUGGUGUAAUGAUGGCGACAAUGUCAAGCUUCCAUAUUGUCAGAUACUCGGAAAGUAUCGAAUGGAUUUACCUGGAUAUAAUAGCAUGGAGCCCUAUCGACAUAUGAACGAAAGGUGCCCUUCUCUUCCUCCCAAGUACGACCGGCCAGAGAAUUGCUAGGAAACCUCUUGAAAGUCACUUUCCUGUGCCUAGGCUGUGUAGAAUAUUUGAUUAUCUUAAAGUUAUAGCUUUAGCCCAUUAGUGUAACUGAUAAGUGUUGAUAAUACAAAUUGUAAAUACAGUUACAUGAUGUCCAAAUCGAUGCACUAUAGCUGUUAAUUUAUUGUAAAUUAUAUGCCUUAAAUGAUGGCARUGUCAUGUCUAUAUUGAGUUUCAACUAUAUCUCUGGUAACUUCAAUUGUUGCAGUGAUGAUUUUGAUGUAGCUUUUGCAGUUCA